UCGCGGCCCCGGCGACGCAAGUUCCGGAGGGGGUCCACUCUUCUCGCCUCACCUCUCUCCUUCCUCUUGGUUCCCGUGAAGUCUCCCGACGGCGGCUCUUCCGACCGAGAGCUUUCAGAGCGGGGUGGCUCAGGGGAAGCCGUCGCCGCCUCCGCCUCGGGGCCGAGAGAGAGAGAGCCAGGCGCGUCGUGUUGCCCCCUGCGUCGCCUCCUCGCCCCCAGUGGCGGGCGCCGUUCUCGCUCUGAGCACUCCCCACAGCUCCAUGAAUGGAAAUCGGCUCCGCAGGACCCGUUGGGGCCCAGCCCCUACUCAUGGUGCCCAGAAGACCUGGCUAUGGCACCAUGGGCAAACCCAUUAAACUGCUGGCUAAUUGUUUUCAAGUUGAAAUCCCAAAGAUUGAUGUCUACCUCUAUGAGGUAGAUAUUAAACCAGACAAGUGUCCUAGGAGAGUGAACAGGGAGGUGGUUGACUCAAUGGUUCAGCAUUUUAAAGUAACUAUAUUUGGAGACCGUAGACCAGUUUAUGAUGGAAAAAGAAGCCUUUACACAGCCAAUCCACUUCCUGUGGCAACUGCUGGGGUAGAUUUAGACGUUACAUUACCUGGGGAAGGUGGAAAAGAUCGACCCUUCAAGGUAUCAAUCAAAUUUGUCUCUCGGGUGAGUUGGCACCUACUGCAUGAAGUACUGACAGGACGGACCUUGCCUGAGCCACUGGAAUUAGACAAGCCAAUCAGCACUAACCCUGUCCAUGCUGUUGACGUGGUGCUACGACAUCUGCCCUCCAUGAAAUAUACACCUGUGGGGCGUUCCUUUUUCUCAGCUCCAGAAGGAUAUGACCACCCUCUGGGAGGGGGCAGGGAAGUAUGGUUUGGAUUCCAUCAGUCUGUUCGGCCUGCCAUGUGGAAAAUGAUGCUUAAUAUCGAUGUUUCUGCCACUGCCUUCUACAAAGCACAACCUGUAAUUCAGUUCAUGUGUGAAGUUCUUGACAUUCAUAAUAUUGAUGAACAACCAAGACCUUUGACUGAUUCUCAUCGGGUAAAAUUCACCAAAGAGAUAAAAGGUCUGAAGGUUGAAGUGACUCAUUGUGGAACAAUGAGACGGAAAUACCGUGUUUGUAAUGUAACAAGAAGGCCUGCCAGUCAUCAAACCUUUCCUUUACAGUUAGAAAAUGGACAAACUGUGGAGAGAACAGUAGCGCAGUAUUUCAGAGAAAAGUAUACUCUUCAGCUGAAGUACCCACACCUUCCCUGUCUACAAGUGGGGCAGGAGCAGAAACAUACCUACCUGCCAUUAGAAGUCUGUAAUAUUGUGGCUGGGCAACGAUGUAUCAAGAAGCUAACAGACAAUCAGACUUCCACUAUGAUCAAGGCAACAGCAAGAUCUGCUCCAGAUAGACAAGAGGAAAUUAGCAGAUUGGUAAGAAGUGCAAAUUAUGAAACAGAUCCAUUUGUUCAGGAGUUUCAAUUUAAAGUUCGGGAUGAGAUGGCCCAUGUAACUGGACGUGUACUUCCAGCACCUAUGCUCCAAUAUGGAGGACGGAAUAGGACAGUAGCAACACCAAGCCAUGGCGUGUGGGACAUGCGUGGGAAACAAUUCCACACAGGAGUUGAAAUCAAAAUGUGGGCUAUAGCUUGUUUUGCCACACAGAGGCAAUGCAGAGAAGAAAUAUUGAAGGGUUUUACAGACCAGCUACGUAAGAUUUCCAAGGAUGCAGGGAUGCCCAUCCAGGGCCAGCCAUGUUUCUGCAAAUAUGCACAGGGGGCAGACAGCGUAGAACCCAUGUUCCGUCAUCUCAAGAACACAUAUUCUGGUCUACAGCUCAUUAUCGUCAUCCUGCCAGGGAAGACACCAGUGUAUGCGGAGGUGAAACGUGUAGGAGAUACACUUUUGGGUAUGGCUACACAAUGUGUACAAGUCAAGAAUGUGAUAAAAACAUCUCCUCAAACUCUCUCAAACUUGUGCCUAAAGAUAAAUGUUAAACUUGGAGGGAUCAAUAAUAUUCUUGUACCUCAUCAAAGGCCUUCUGUAUUCCAGCAACCAGUGAUAUUUUUGGGAGCAGAUGUCACUCAUCCACCUGCUGGGGAUGGAAAAAAGCCUUCUAUUGCUGCUGUUGUAGGUAGUAUGGAUGCCCAUCCAAGCAGAUACUGUGCCACAGUAAGAGUUCAGAGACCCCGACAGGAGAUCAUCCAGGACUUGGCCUCCAUGGUUCGGGAACUUCUCAUUCAGUUUUAUAAGUCAACUCGGUUCAAACCUACUCGUAUCAUCUUUUAUCGGGAUGGCGUUUCGGAGGGACAGUUUAGGCAGGUAUUAUAUUAUGAACUACUAGCAAUUCGAGAAGCCUGCAUCAGUUUGGAGAAAGACUAUCAACCUGGAAUAACCUACAUUGUAGUUCAGAAGAGACAUCACACUCGAUUAUUUUGUGCUGAUAGGACAGAAAGGGUCGGAAGAAGUGGCAAUAUCCCAGCUGGAACCACAGUUGAUACAGACAUUACACACCCAUAUGAGUUUGAUUUUUAUCUCUGUAGCCAUGCUGGAAUACAGGGUACCAGCCGUCCUUCACACUAUCAUGUUUUAUGGGAUGAUAACUGCUUUACUGCAGAUGAACUUCAGUUGCUAACUUACCAGCUCUGCCACACUUAUGUACGCUGUACACGAUCUGUGUCUAUACCUGCACCAGCGUAUUAUGCUCACCUGGUGGCAUUCAGAGCCAGAUAUCAUCUUGUGGACAAAGAACAUGACAGUGCUGAAGGAAGUCACGUUUCAGGACAGAGCAAUGGGCGAGAUCCACAAGCUCUUGCCAAGGCUGUACAGAUUCACCAAGAUACCUUACGCACAAUGUACUUUGCUUAAAAAGUCCAAGUAUAUUCUCUAAGAGGAAGAUCUGAAAGACGAAUUGACAUACAACGUAUGUUUCCAGUGGAGUCCAUUGAGUAGGGAUGCCUCCAGCCAUACAGAAACCAACACUGUGUGGGGGCCUGGGUCUGAUCCUUAUUUUGAUGCAAGGAAGAUUGUUUACUUCAUAAAGGAACACAGCACCAUUAUGCAAUAUGAAACCAGCCAACUGCUUUUUGUGCGGUCUCCUGUAGGAAGUAUCGCGAUUGUUUUGUUUUCACUUCUUGUAGUCUAACCCUUUUAAUGCCUUUACCUCAAGUUGCUUGGCAGCACAACUAUCUUUGCAAAAAAAGUAAAGAAAAAGUAAAUGAUGGUUUAAAAAACACACACCCACAUGAACAAUCAAAGUGAUUGUUCAUAAUUAUGUGUGCAAAAAAAUUAAUGUGCAUUCAUAUGUUCUUGUAA